GACAGGGCGUCAGAUCAAACAUCGGCUCGCUCACCUCAAGAUGACACCGAUUUGGAUUCUGGGUCUGUUAUGCUGCCUGUCUGGCACAGCACAUGCUGCUGAGGUGUGUUUUGAAGACCUGGGCUGUUUCGAUGACCAGCCUCCAUGGGGCGGCACGGAGCAGAGACCCCUCUCCCUUCUGCCUUGGUCAACAGAGACGAUCGGCACCCGCUUCCUUCUUUUCACCCAGAGAAACCACUAUUACCAGGAGAUCAAGCCUAAUGACACCAUUCUUAGCGCUUCAAACUACAGUGGAGCCAAGAAGACUCGAUUCAUCAUUCCUGGCUACCUAGAGGACAAAGACCAGGACUGGCCACAGCACAUGUGUAAGGCUAUGAUCAAAUGGCAGAAUAUAAACUGCGUUGCUGUUGAAUGGAAGAAGGGCACGAAGACCGAGUACGCCCAGGCGGCCAACAACGGCAGGGUGGUGGCUGCCCAGGUUGCAUUCUUCAUCCAGUUUAUCAUGGGCCGCUACAAGCAGAGGGCCGAUAAGUUUCACAUCAUCGGACACUGCUUGGGGGCCCACAUAGCAGGAGAGGUCGGUGGGAAGAUCAGCGGCCUGGCCCGUAUCACCGGACUGGACCCUACAGAGCCUUACUUCCAGGGCUGUGAUGCCAGGAUACGCCUGGACAGGGGUGACGCAAGCUUUGUGGACGUGAUUCACACCGAUGGACUCCCUUUCAACACCAAUCUCGGUCUUGGGAUGUCUGAGGCCAUUGGACAUGUUGACUUCUACCCCAAUGGCGGAGACCUCAUGCCCGGUUGCUCCAAGAACAAGGGAAGCGGAAGUGACCUUGAUGCCAUCUGGGAAGGUACAAAGAAGAAUUUUGAUCCAUGCAACCAUGUGAGGGCCCACCAGUAUUACAGCGAGAGCAUCAACAAACCGUAUGGCUUUUUAGGAUACCCCUGCUCUGACAGUGACAGCUUUGCAAAUGAAAAGUGUUUCCCCUGUGCAGAUAACACAUGUCCUCUGAUGGGACAUGAUAGUGACAAGUUCACCUCCAUGUAUGUCAACGCAACCAAGUUCUUCCUCCACACAGGCAGUUCAAAGCCCUUUGGUCGUUACAGCUACAGAGCAGAGGUAACCUUGGAUGGUCCCUGGUGGCCGAACCUGGGCACAAUAUAUGUGGCGCUGACUGCACGCAAGCAAACCACCGAGGAGUAUAAGGUGCACGUGGGUACGCUGGUCCCUGGAACGGUUUACAAUGUGUUCAUCAAUGCCGAGACCAAUGUGGGUGAGGUGACGGAAAUGAAAUUUCGUUGGAACAACCACAUCAUUAACCCCAUGUUUCCCAAGUAUGGAGCAGCCCACAUCCAGCUGGAGCAGGGGAAAGGCGGAAAGAUUUACAACUUCUGUGGGACGGGAAAUGUUAGGGAGAACACCGUCCAAACAGUUCCUCCAUGCCAGGAGGGACCAGCCAAGUCCGGUCCAGCCGUGUCCCUGAACACACCUCAAUAAACCCUCUGCAUUCAA